ACUUUCAAUACUUGAAAAGAGCUAUAAUUAGAAAAUGUUCAUAUAAAGAGUUCAUAUUAAGAAACUUAAAUACUCCAAAUGAACCAACUAUAAAUAAGUCGCUCGAGUGAGGGACAGAAACAGAAUUCCACGCCCAGUGCAGAGAAGGAGUCACCAUGCGUCCAAUUUUUGUGGUAACCCUGGUUGUCCUGGCCACGCUGGUCGCCCUGUCAUCGCAGGCAACCGACACAGCAACCACUACCACUACUACCACCACCACCACCACCACCACCACGACCACAACUGACGCGACCACCACCACGACCACCGAGGCGACCACGGAGAAGCAUCGCCGCAAGCACCGUCGCAGGCACCGCCGCAGGAGGAUCAUAAUCAUCCGACGAGGUGAAGGUGGAGGCAGGCGUCGCAGAUUCCGUGAGGGUAAUGAAGGUGGCGAUGAAGAUCGUGGCCGUUCCGGGAGGCGCUUCCGUGUGCGCGAGCGACGCGCCGGUCGUCGUUUCGACCGCUUCUGGUGAUACAUUACUGAAUAACAAAUAAAUAACUGGAAUAGUAAAUAGAUAUGUGCACAUAGAAAUCAAAAUCAAUAUCAAA